AUGCCUACAUUGGAGUCAUCCAUUGAAGAAUUUUUGAAUUUUGAUUUUAAUGACAACUUAACGAAUAAUCAUCAACUUCCAGAAAGUAAUGAUUUAAUGAAUCAAAUAAAUGACGGUAUCGGAGAAAACAUCGAUGAUAUGAAUACUAAUUCAAGUUUGAGUUCAGGUUCACCAUUUGAUUUAAUUGAUUCAGAUUCAAGUUCUUGUUCUAAUAACUAUGUUAAUACUUUUAGUAUUGAAAGUAGUUAUAGUUUUGAAAAUAAUUUAAAUUCAGGAUUCUCAACUGCUUCUGUUUCGGGAUCUUCUGGCCAAGUGUCAAAUAUUACAACUCCUCAGGCUAAAUUUGAAUUUGUUGAUGAAAGUCAAGAAUUUAAAUUACCAGUAUUGAAAUCUAAUGAAGUUGAAAAAGUUAGAAAAAGGUUAGUUAAACGUAAAACUAGACCUGCUAAACAACAAACUGCUUUAGAUCAAGAUACUAAAAGGCAAAGAAAUACUUUGGCUGCUAGAAGGUAUAGAGAAAGACAACAAAAAGAUUUUGAAGUUUUAGAUAAUAGAAUUAAACAAUUAGAGAAAGAAUUGGCUGAUUCAAAAUUGGAAACCUUAUGGUGGAAAAUGAAAUGUCAAAAUUAA